AUGAUGGGCUCCUUGGGGGCUGCUGAGCACUACGAGAAAGCCUGUACUGCCUACUCGCAGCGCGUUAACGACAUUGUCCAGCUACUGAAGCGUCUGGAUACCCUUCAUAGUGAUGGUUCCGCGGCAUUUGAUUCUAAUAACCGCGAUAGAUACUUGACCUUCUAUCGUGCGCAGGACUCCUUACUAGAAGCUAUGAUUACAGACAUAUCGCCGAUUGAAGGCGUCCCCACCUAUCUUAAGCGCUUGCUCAAGAGCCUUGCAGAGUUGGUGGGGGCUCUCCGACUUCUAAACGGCUGCUGCGUCAGAGAUCUAGAAGGCAUUUUCGCGUGGAUCGAUGAACAUAGCUUUGAGAAGGCGCAAGAACAGAGGGACUUCUUCAAGAUGCAAGCUGAGGCUGCAGGGAGAAAGCUCGAAGAGGCCACUGCUCUCAACACCUCUCUCACAAAGGAGAUGGAACAGCUUGUGUGUCGCUAUGAGGCGCAGGCUCGACAGAAAGAGAAUCAGGCGAGCAAGAUGCUUGACGAGUACAAGAAGCUGUUCAGAGACAUCGCAGGCAAAGCUUCAAGGUACGUAAAAUCUGAGGAGCAUGCUCUGCUGGGCCAAGAGGCAGUCUCAGAUCAUGAACUUCUUUCGACACAGAUACAGAUAGGCAGUAGAGCAAUUGACACUUUGGAUCCUGGACUGCCGAUAAAUGAUGAACUACUUGAAUUCACGAGUCACACCGCUUCCAACUUGGUUGAUCUUCUAUUACGUUUAGUAGAGGCAGAAGGCAGACGUCACCCCUUGUCGGAGUCGGCAGAAGCUGAGAUGAUCAAGUACAGCGGUCCGGAGUCAGUAAGACUUGAUGCCCUGGAAGCGCAGCAAGCUGCAUUGUACAGACAGAUCAAUAGGCAAGAUGAACGAUUGGAAAGGUUUGAUGCACAGAACCAUCCCGUUCCCAUGUCGAUGCUCGACGAGUUGGCUAGGGAUGCUUCAGAGCUAAAGGGAAAGUCAGCUGAGCAGACACAACACAUCGCUGAACUAUUGGGUAUUCAGUAUGAGUCGAUUAUACCAGUUGGUUACAGUCGCGAGCGCCCUCAAUCUUCUCACAAUAAUCCCUCAGACUGUCUAAAGGAAAUAGUGGACUCUCUUAUGUUUUCAACAGCGUGCAUAUGUAACUUGCAUGCAGUGGUUGGCUAUGGGAUUGAUUCAUAUGCGAUUAUAGACACAGUAAAGGCGGAGUCCGAUAGGAAGCGAAGAGUGUCCAGAAAAAGGAAAAGGAUGGCAGGGACUGUCAGUGCAAGAGACAUGAUAUCUUCUGCGCUUGAUGCCUCUGAUCUUGGAGCUAAGAGCAAUGUUGCAACAACACAAGAGGUUCCGUUGGGCGACUUGACGCCUAGUGGACAGCGAACAUAUACGGUUCGGGCGCAGCUAAUGCAACUGUGA